UAGACAUUAUUUUUAUGCGUGAAUGUUGAGUUAGCGGAAGGCUGUGCUGCAAUAGCUGGAUAUUUAACACCACGAUGUGCUCCUGAAGAAGAGUUGCAAAGCAAUGAUGUCAUAGUUUUAAGUAGGAGCCACGGGAGAGCAUAUGGUUCGUACCCGCUACCGAAAGGAAGUGUUGCUUUGUUAUGAGCAGGCGGCGCUGUAGCUGGCGGAAGAGGAGGUCGCCCAGCCCAGUGUCUCUUCGCCUGGUAUAGAGAAGCCGAGGAGAAGACGUGAAAACGGUGAGAAGACAAAGCUGCUACAAUGGCCGCGAAAUCUGACGGGGUGCUAAAGAUGAAGAAAAGCGAUGUAGCAUUUACGCCUUUGCAGAAUUCAGAUCACUCGGGUUCGGUUCAAGGUCUAGUCCCGGGAUCGCAGCCGGAUUCUGGAACCGGAGAGGCGGACUUCGUCAACGGGGAGUCGCGGUGCUGUGGCUCAAAUUCGACAUGUCUACGCCUCGGCAGGGAGCAGCUGAAAUACACUAUCUGGGACUGUCUGUGGAUCCUCGCCGCAGUGGCGGUGUAUUUCGCGGAUGUGGGCACUGAUAUUUGGCUUUCGGUCGACUAUUACCUCCGCCGCGACUACUGGUGGUUCGGGCUCACGCUGUUUUUUGUGGUGCUCGGCUCGUUCUCCGUGCAAGUCUUCAGUUUCCGCUGGUUCGUCCAUGAUUUCAGCACCGAGGAGAGCUCCGGCGGCGGCGCAGCGAGCUGCUCACACAUGGACGGGAAGCUGCUCAGCUGCUCCGCUUCGCACGGAGACGUUGGAGCCCACCCGACUACGCCUCAAAGACAGGCGUCCACGGCGAGCAAGAGCAACACCACGAGCAACAGCAGCAACAGCGCUACCGCAGCCCGGAAUAGUAAGACACGCUCAGCGUCCUGUUCCAUCUGUAUCUGGCUGUUGCAGUCCGUCAUUCACAUCUUACAGCUCGGACAAAUCUGGAGGUACUUCCACACCAUCUAUCUGGGCAUCAGGAGCAGGCAGAGCGGAGAGAAUGACCGCUGGAGGUUCCACUGGAGGAUGGUGUACGAGUACGCUGACGUCAGCAUGCUCCACCUACUGGCCACUUUUUUGGAGAGCGCACCCCAGCUGGUGCUCCAGCUCUGUAUCAUCAUACAGACUCACAAACUCCUGGCUGUUCAAGGGAUGACAGCGGCUGCUUCUCUGGUGUCACUGGCCUGGGCUCUGGCUUCCUACCAGAAAGCCUUGCGUGAUUCCCGCGAUGACAAGAAGCCCAUCAGCUACCUUGCCGUCAUCAUCCAGUUCUGCUGGCACUUCUUUACCAUCGCCGCUCGCGUAGUGACCUUUGCUCUCUUCGCCUCCGUGUUUCAGCUCUAUUUCGGCAUCUUCAUCGUGCUGCACUGGUGCAUCAUGACCUUCUGGAUCGUACACUGCGAAACCGAAUUCUGCAUCACGAAAUGGGAGGAGAUAGUCUUUGACAUGGUAGUGGGAAUCAUCUACAUCUUCAGUUGGUUCAACGUGAAGGAGGGACACACCCGCUGCCGUCUCUUCAUCUACUACUUUAUGAUCCUGCUAGAGAACACAGCCCUGAGCGCGCUGUGGUACCUGUACCGCUCACCACCCAGCACAGAUGCCUUUGCCGUGCCCGCUCUGUGCGUCAUCUUCUCCAGCUUCUUCACUGGCAUCGUCUUUAUGCUCAUGUACUACGCUUUCUUCCAUCCCAAUGGGCCGCGCUUUGGCCGCUCGGCCAGCCUGGUCCAGCUAGAGGACCCUACUGCUACCUUCGCGCUGCCCCCAGAGGGCGCCACCAACUCUCUGCGCUCCAACCGCGGGGGUACACUAGCCAGGGACGCUGACCGUGAGGCCAAGUACAGUGAGAGGGACGGUUGUGUGCCCGUCUUUCAGGUGAGGCCCACCGCACCCUCCACACCUUCCUCCCGUGCCCCACGUCUGGAGGAGACAGUCAUCAAAAUAGACUUGUGCAGGAACCGCUACCCUGCCUGGGAGAGGCACGUACUAGACAGGAGUAUACGUAAAGCCAUCCUGGCCAUCGAUUCGUCCCCAACCCCGCCGCGCCUCCAAUAUAAAGACGACACAUUGGUUCAAGAGCAUCUGGAGUACGAGACCACCUUGUAGCCUGCGCUGUGGAAACACACAAACAUUAACACAUUACUGUCCACUGAAAUAAACAGCAGGACUGUGGCAAUAAUGUUCCUUGCAUACAUAGCAUCUAGCCAUGAUGUUGAUUGUCAUGGACAAGCAAAUAUAGGCGCAACAUAUUUGUGGACAAAUGAAAUAAUCAAUCUUUUCUAAGCCGUUCUUUUAUUUUUUAUUACUUCUGUCUUGUCAGGGAAUAUCUGGGUUUCUAAAAGUCAUUGCACUGGCUGAUAUAGACCAUGAACCCCUCAGUCCUCCUCAGUGUUGUACAGAUCUUCAGUCCCAGAGUUGAUCCUCGAUCCGACGUCUCCAAGAGGACAUCCAGAACACUUCAUAGUUUGUCUCUUACAGCAAAUGCAAAACAAAGACCUUUCCCUUUGAAACCAAGCAUCCAGUGCACACAAACCAACCGACUAUCCAUCGCACUGGAGAAACAGUGGUCCAAAUAUCACGUUGAUGGUACACAAAUAAAAAAAUGGAUGACUAGACUGAUUAUCUGUUUAUCCGUGCUGUAAUCUAUUAGUAGUGUUUCAUCAGCAGUUCUGUACCAGUGCCAAAUGCUACACUCACACUGACUCCACGCUGAACUGUGGCUCGACCACAUACUGUAUAUAUAAACAGGGCAGCAUUUCAACCAUCUACUUGAAUCCUGUACAAAGAAAAAAGAAAGUAUGCGAUUAUCACAAGAGUCCAAGCCACUUGGGACAACAAAACAGGGAGAACACACACUCAUUUUCUUCUUUGGGAGAAGACAAUAGGCCAAGAAAAUGCUUCCUGGCAGCUCCCUUUGGCGAUCCGGCCUCAUUCACCUCAUUGCUGUGGGCUGACAAGGAACUGUUUGGUUCACAGCAAAGUGGGGGGCAAAGUACAUCACAGUUCACACAGUGUCCGCCAAACUGUACUCGACAGAACCUGGAUGCACUUCAUCUUCUAGGUUAAAGAUACAGUGUUCUUCUAGGUUGGGACAAGUUUUGGCGUGUCUGUAUUUGUACAGUAAAAUAAGUUAAAGGCGCACAAAUAGAAAAUAAACAGGGUCAUUUCUCAACACAUCGGGAAAGCCGGCGAAGUGUACUAUUCCAAACUCUGCAGUGUGAUCAAGACUUUCUCCAUCAGACUCUUCAAUUUCCAACUCGUGGUCUUCAAAUCAAAGUGUUAGGGAUAUGUAGUCUGCGACAGAAUGCAGACUUACUAAUGAGCUCCGAAUGACGCUACGGGCCCUAUGGUUCAACAAAUCACAUCUGCCUAAAAGAGCACUGUAUCUUUAAAUCAUUCAGAAGCAUCCUUUAUAUACGAAAGUGUUGGAGUUUUAAACUUUCCGUUCAGUUGCAAGUGCUUCUUUGUGUCUUAAUGUCAAAUAUCCGAAGGAUACGUGGAGGUGCUGGCAGAAAAGUAAAAAAAGUAAUAGAAAACAAGCACAAAACUCGUCACAGGAAGGAGCCUGUGAAGAAUUUCUUUCCACUUACGUUGAGAGACAAGGUGAAAUAUUACUGCGACAGAAGCUAGAUGUGCCUGUUGUGGAUAGUUUGCGAUUUUGAAAGUGUGGGAAAAUUUUUUUUAUGUGUAACGUUUUUAUACUCUAUUUUCUUUGGUUUUCUUCUUUGGUUGUUGAUGGAUUUUAAAUGUGUCUUACAAAAUGGUUGAUUUUAAGGUGCACAUUAUUUUGCUUAAUGCCAUUUAACUGUGUGGAGAGAUUUGUUUUGCUUCAGUUGGUCAUACCUGAACUGUAAUUUCUAGCUUUGAAACACUCCUAAGGUGUUGAAACGUCCUACCAUUGGUGGCAAAUGAACUGAAAUGAUAGUUGUUUUAGCCUGCAGCAAUCUGCACAUUUGCAGAUGAAGAUCCUAAUUGUGUUGCAAACAAAAAAAGAAAAUAGAACAGAAAAAAUAUAUAUUUAGAUGAGAUCGUAUGAAUCUACGUAGACCUGUAUAUUUUAGCUAUUUUGCUACUUUCCUCUCUCGUCAGCAUUUUUUCCCAAAUGUGUCUUAUACUUUAAUUUCUCUGUGUGAUGGAUGAUGAUGAUACUUUGUCUCUUGGCAAAAUUUUCCAAACAGCCCUCAAAAAGAGUCUCCUGUAGUCAGAGCACAAAACUUGUGUUAGCACACUAAUUAGGCAAUUUUUCAGAUUUAAAACUGCUGCACCACCUACACAAGACCAUUUUUGAAGGAAGUCGAGUGAUGUUUCGCACACCUCUGCGAUAUUACGUAUCCAUCAUUUUCAAAAGCAUCCUACCUUUUUUAGCUUUCCCAUAAAUACCAUGCUAUUUUUAUAUCAGUGAUACCCCAAGCACACUGCGUUUUGGUUCAUUUGAUUAAGAGGAGCAUCCUAAUGGCAACACUUGCUGUGUCUGUGAGUUUUGGUGACAUUCUUCGUUAUAAGGUGCAAGGCCUCAAUAAUUGUUUUAAUGUUGAAAUAUGACAUAAAUUUAAAACAUUCAACAAUGUGAUGCAUUCAGCACAUGCAGAAUGAAUCAAGGCCUUUGCACAAAAGGCUGUGUAGAUAUUCAGAGAUGCAGAUUUUUAGCCGAUUUUGAUGGCACAUUCUCCAGAUUAUUAAUGAUAAUACUAUUAGUCAAAAUGAUUGGAGAAGUCCUGCAUACCUCACAAGAGAGAAGUCAGUCGUUUUCAAUGGAAAACGACGAGGUCAUGAAGAAAAAAAAAUAAAACACGUGGAUGAUUUGCUUACAAUAAGACCUUUAACAUUUAUUUAGAAAACCGAGAGUGUGAAUUUUAAUAUCCACUGUAAUAAUUAUGAGGCAGGGGGUAGGAAUUUAGCCCAACACGUAUCAAGUAAAAACUAUUCACGCAGUUUACGUGCAUAGGUAGACCUGCGUCAUAACAUUAAGCUAAUCAUAACGUUACAGCUCAACUAUGUAUCUUUAUUUUGCACUUCUAGUUCUAUUUUUCUAUCUGGGUUUUUAUCAAUAAACCUAGAGAUUUCAUAGUCAGCCAUUUCUUCGCUCUGGAAAAACUUCAUACCUGUAACCUACCUCAAAGCGGUACUUUAAACAGACCACUCUCUAGCUCCAGUAGUUGAUGUGUCUGAUAUGAAGGAAUUUAUUGCGAUGGAGUUCCGGUGGAUGAGCGGAGGAGAUGAAGACUGCUCUGUUUCUUACCGGUACAUCAGUAAAGCAGAGUUCAAAAGCAGGACUUAUUUCAGCAGGACAACAUUCAAUUCAUGCAAGCUGCUUCGGUUUUAUUUGCCUUAAACAACGCUUGCAUUUUGUGGAUUCAUUAUCAGUGAUAUUUUCUGUUUUUUUUCUUUUGGUUUAGUUUUAAUCAUGCAUAUUAUUGUGGUCAUGCUAGUGUGAUGACGUUACAUUAUUGAUAAGCAUACAUACUGUGCUCCCUGUUAAAAAAAAGAAAGAAAAAAGAA